AUGUUUCAAUUGCUACUAACUGUGGCGAUCCUGCCAGCUAUUAGCUUGGCCGCUAGUCCUGCAGAUGGUCUGCACAAGUACCGAGCCUCUCCAAAACUCACGGGUCCUGUAAAGCUCCUGCACGAUCCCGAGGACACCAUUCUGAACACCUUGGAUGGCGCUCUGGAGAAGAUAUCCACUAUCUACAUGCAGGCCUUGUUCGCUGGUACCCACACCCCGGAACUAGAAGCUCCACUCAGAGCACUCGAAAUGGAGUUGUUUGAUCUACUGGACGAGCUCUAUAACCAGAAUCGUCUCAAGGACUAUAUAAAGUACGAGGCGGAAGUGACGCGACAAAUGAUAAUCUACAACAUGCUCAAGAGAUUGUUUGGCUACACACAGGAAGUUGAGGCGGGAUCUAUCUGA